AUGUCAUCAAACGGCAUCCCCAAAGAGCCAUGGUUGGCUUACAAUAUCAGCAAGGAAGAAUAUUUCAAACUAUCAAUCGAAGAACAACUGGAGUCAAUUCUAGUACUCAUACCAGAGCCUGAGCGUACGAAGCUUCUUACCUUCUUCAAGUCUAUCGAUCAAGCGGUAGCUGAGUCACAGCGAAUGGAAAUCGAUCCUUGGAAGCAAGAACACGAGGAUACCUGCGGCUGUCAAGACUGUUGUGAAGACCCUUGCGGCUACGACGACGAAUGGCCUUUCACACCGGAGUCUGAUGCUGAUUUUGAGAAAUGUUCGCUUCGGCUGACGAUUGCAAGCGGUCAAGAAGUCGCUUUGUGGAGUAUUGUCAAGGACUUGUGGGAAGUGGAUGUGCCUACAGGAGAUGAAGAAAGGGAGGUCUUUGCACAAGAGAUUGUCAAAUUGAGUCAGGACAAAGGAUGGAUCUGA